AAUCGGCGAAGACGAAGACGAAGACAAUCGGAGUUUGGGGCAAAACGUAAGUCUCAAGAUUUUAGGGAUUUUUAUUGAGGAGAAUUGGGGGGAGCUCUUCACCCACCAUUACCAAGAUUGAUUCUUGGACUCUGCAUUGGGGCUUUGCGUCUUGUAAGAUUAUCAGUUCGUGCUGGUGGAAUUAGGAAGGCAUUACAUUGAUUAGCGGGUUUGCGAAGACGAAGAAGAGAUGACAGGCAGAUCAAGAAGAUCCAGGGAUAACAAGACUCGCUUUCUUGAUGAUUUCGUCAUACCAGUACUCUCUGAUGAGAAAGAAAAAAUUCCAAUGUCAGAUGAGGAAUAUGCACUCCAGUUACAGCUACAAGAGGCCUUGAUCUCCUCCUCAGUCUCUUCAUCAAGAGGUUCAAUAAAAGGGCCAUCAAAGCAACCUAUUCAUCCCAGGAAAAAACGUAAAGGAACAGUUGAAUCUUCACAAAGCUUUUGCACCAUAUGUUUGGAUGUGAAACUUCAUGGAGAGAUGUUUGUGAGCCACAGUUGCACCCACACAUUUUGUACUGACUGUAUUAGCCAGUAUGUUGCGACCAAAAUACAAGAAAACAUAUCGAUGGUGAAAUGUCCAGAUUUGAAUUGUAAGGGCAUAUUGGAACCCCAAAAUUGUCGUGAAAUUGUACCCGCAGAAGUGUUUGAUAGGUGGGAGAACACGCUUUGCGAGUCACUGGUUCUUGGAUCGCAGAAAUUCUAUUGUCCUUUUGGGGACUGUUCGGCUUUGUUGGUUGAUGAUGGAGGAGUGACUGUGACUUCAUCUGAAUGUCCAAAUUGUCGGAGGUUGUUUUGCGCCCAAUGUAAGGUGGCAUGGCAUGCUGGGAUGACCUGCAGUGAGUUUGAGAAGUUCAAAGGGGGUGAAAGCAAAAAGGAAGAUAAAAUGGUGAUGAAACUUGUCAAGAAAAAGAAGUGGAAGAGAUGUCCUAAUUGCAGCUUUUACGUGGAUAAGAUCAGUGGUUGCAUACACAUUUCAUGCAGGUGUGGAUUUGAAUUCUGCUACAGAUGUGGAUCUAAAUGGAGCGAUGAUCAUGCAUGUUAACGUGCCUAACUAAUCAAGGACCGGAUUGGUAAAUAUUUCUUGGUCAUAGUGACAUCUUCUACUUGUAAAAUAGCUUAGCUUCAAUUAGAUAUGCUGAUAUUACCGACCUUUUGUGUUCUUGUUUUGUUUCUAAAAGUAAUUAAAUCUCUAGACUAUCAUGCAUUAUUGUACCCGUAUGCAACUUGUCUAUAUUUUAGUCCUUUUAGUUUACUUAAUGGAACUUAGACUUUGGAAAAAUUGUU